AUGCAAAGUUGCAGCCAAACAAAUCUAGAGAUUGAAGAGACCCGAGACAGUCUCAGUGACAUAGCGAGCGGGGUCAGCUUACAGUGGUCUUGGGCGAGCGAUAGUGACGUGGUGGAUUUAUUACUCUUUGACAUCGAUCAUAAACAAAAGAAAAUGGCGUUCCACAGACUAAUAAUUACGAUAACAGUGCUCCUAGCUGUAGUAAAUGCCCAGAGACCAUUCUACGCUGGCCUCCGUCCCAUCGGUUACCCAGUGGUCGAUUCAGCACCAUUAUUAAAUAGAUUCGGCGAAGACUCCGACGCACCCAUAGAGGCCAGAGGAGAUGGAAACUUAAUUAACAGGAUAGAACAAAUGCCGAUCGACAAGCGGCCAUUUUGGUAUCUGAAUUCCAAGCAAUACGAUGAUUUAAGGAGAAACCCUCAAACUUACCCACAACGACCAAGUGGUUUCGUAUCAAGCGGCUAA